UCCCGGAUGUAAGUGGAUUCGUUGAAUAUGGCUGUCGUUAUGUUUUGAUUAUGUGUUUUCCAUAAAUAAUGUGGAGUCAGAUAAAAGUAGAUAACUGUAGCGGAGGUCUAGCAGUCAUUCUUCCAUCAUGUUUAGCAAGAAGAAGAAACGUGUUGAGAUCUCUGCACCCUCAAACUUUGAACAUAGAGUUCACACAGGCUAUGAUCAGCAGGAGCAAAAGUUUACUGGCCUUCCUCGGCAAUGGCAGGGUAUCAUUGAAGAGUCAGCUAAACGCCCUAAACCACUGGUGGAUCCAUCAUGCAUCACUACCAUCCAGCUUGCCCCUCAUAAGACUAUUGUCAGGGGAAACAAGAUUGGAAAAGAUGGCUCAUUGACAUGGCUACUGGAUGAGUUUGAGAAUAUGUCAGUAACUCGUUCCAAUUCACUAAGAAGGGACAGCCCACCACUCCAGCCUCGUCAAGAUCUAAUGCUUCAUGAGAACGGAAUAAAUGAAGUUAAGUAUAGUCAACAAGGGUAUGGUAAUAGAGGCAGAGAACAGACUGUGCACAGAGGGGACAGAUACCCUCCUGGAACUAGGAACGAGAGAGAGUUUCAGAAAGAAAAAAUGCGUAAUAUAGAAAAAGGAGACUAUCGAGAUGGGCCACAGCAGCCAAGAGGACAGGAACCAAGGAGAGCAGAGAUGAGUAGUAGGCACAGCAACUAUAGUGACAGGAGUACUUCUGAAGAUGAUCACAAAAUUUCAGACAGUAAAGCAAGAACACAUGGUAGAACGAAGGAGUUGAGGGAACACCUUAGUGACAGGGAAAUAAACAUGAAAAACAGUGAACUGUCUGAUUUGGUUAGAAGAGAAUGGACAGAUAAGAAUGAUAGAUCAGACAAGAGACCCAAGUCAACAUUCACAGAAGAAAGUGGUCCACAGUCCUCACGGGAUAAGCGCCCUUUGUCUGGACCCACCAUCCAGACUCCAAACGUUCCUGUUACAGAUGGUGCUCUGAAGUCUGGACAACAGACUGGUAGACCUUUUAAUACUUACCCUCGUGCUGAGACUGACCAUGGUCGAGGUCCAUCAUCUCAGAUGGAUCAUCACAUUGGAAAAUCUGAAGAUAGAUUGCACAGUGGUCCACUGAGUGACAGCAAAAGUACUAUAUGCAAGACCCGUCAGGGCCAGCACAAAUACAACCCUGCGGGAUCAUUGCAAUCAGGUUUGGUUCCACAUGCUUCUGACCCCCAGUUAGCACAUCCAGUGCAGUCAAACUCUCAGCAUCCACAGUGCCCGCCACAGCAAAAAUCCCCCCAGCGAGAACCACAACGAGUAUCUCAUGAACAGUUUAAGGCUGCUUUGCAGAUGGUCGUAGACCCAGGUGACCCAAGGACCUAUCUGGAUAACUUUAUCAAGAUAGGCGAGGGAUCUACAGGUGUUGUCUGUAUAGCAACAGUAAAAAGCACAGGGAAACUGGUAGCUGUGAAGAAGAUGGACCUCAGGAAACAGCAGAGGAGAGAACUUCUUUUUAAUGAGGUUGUAAUCAUGAGGGACUACCACCACACAAAUGUGGUGGAAAUGUAUAACAGCUACUUGGUUGGAGAUGAGCUGUGGGUGGUCAUGGAAUUCAUGGAGGGAGGAGCUCUAACUGACAUUGUAACACAUACAAGGAUGAAUGAAGAACAGAUAGCAACUGUUUGCCAGUCUGUUCUGAAGGCCUUGUCAGUCCUCCAUGCUCAAGGUGUCAUUCACCGAGAUAUCAAAAGUGACUCCAUCCUGCUCACACAUGAUGGCAGAGUAAAGCUGUCAGAUUUUGGAUUCUGUGCACAAGUGUCCAAAGAGGUCCCACGACGAAAGUCUUUGGUAGGAACUCCCUAUUGGAUGGCACCAGAGCUUAUAUCCAGAUUACCAUAUGGCCCAGAGGUAGACAUUUGGUCUCUCGGAGUAAUGGUCAUAGAGAUGGUGGAUGGCGAGCCCCCAUACUUCAAUGAACCCCCUUUGAAGGCAAUGAAGAUGAUCCGAGACAGUCUGCCACCUAAGCUUAAAAAUAUACAAAAGGUUUCUCCAUUGCUGAAAAGUUUCUUGGACCAAAUGUUGGUAAGAGAGCCAUCACAGAGAGCCACAGCCUGUGAACUUGUGAAGCACCCAUUCUUGAGCAAAGCUGGACCUUCUUCCUGUAUUGUUCCACUCAUGAGGCAGAAUAGGAUGAAAUGAGAACACUAAUGUUGUCUGUGGUUGCAGUUUCGCAGUCAUUUACAAGUACUUCUGUACAGUUACAGCUGUCUUUGAAAGGAGAAUUAGUAAAACCAUUUGUCCUGGACCAAAGAUGUCUUCAGGAAAUAAAUCGCAGUCAUUGCUGCUAUUUCUUUAGCACAACGUUGGUAAUUUGUAUCUGCGUUGGUGACCAGUGCCUUCAUAGUCUCAACAUAUCAAGGGCUAAACCUCAUCUCUGCAGUUCAACUACAUUCACUUUGAAGGAGAGAGAAGAAAAAGUUUGGAGUUUUGUUUCUUUAUCAUAUAUGUUGUCAGGGGACAGGCUGGACUGGGAAAUAGGGACAACCUUCCCCCCCUUUUAUUUUUUCUUCAUGUAUUGGUUUUGGUGUGUCUAAUGUGGCACAUUGUAAGUAAUGGAAUGACACUACCUUUGAUUAUAAAUACUACUGAUAGAGUGUCUAGGUUAUUUUUUACACAAUGAAGAAGACACUGUGGCUAAAGUGAAGAUGUAAAUAGACACUAUAUGGUUUAACACUGGAAUAUUGUCUAGUUCACAUUUUUUUCUUUCAGUUCAGAAGCCAUUCAGUUUAAUAGUGUAUAUAGAUAUAGCAACUGCACAAGUAAUCAAUGCAUGAAUCAAGGAAAUUAAUUUGUGAAAUGGCACCUUUUUUUGCAUAGAGUUGAGCAUCAUUAGACAGUGACAGAGAUGGUGGGCAUAUGCUGCUUUUUUUAUUAAGGCAACACUGUUGGGGGGUAAUGAAUAUGAAUAUCACUUGUAUGUGAUAUACAUACUGCAUAUUUUAUUUGAUUAUGAAUUCUCCUUUGUAUUAAGACUGUAGCUGGCUACAGAAUAACCCCAAAAGUACAGGCUGUGCCUUUAUGAUGUAUUGUGUAUCGAGAUGAUACUUGCCCUUUGUUUUAUUUCCAUCUGCCUACACAGAGUAAAGGUAGGCAAAUGUGGUGGUUGCUGCUUAGUGACUCUUACCUCUUCUUUCUAUUUUCUGUUGAUACAGUAGAUCAGAGUUUCAGAUGGAAAAACUUCAGUUGUUUUAACAUAAGUGCUAGACCGAAUUCCAGGAUCAUAAGCACACAUCAUGGAUUCUCUGGCCUCAAAAUGCAGAUUUGUUUAUGUUUAAACACAUGUGCUUUGCAGUUGUGUGGUGAUUCCUGAUAGCUGGAACUAUUUUUUUUUCUUUUUUAAGUAGUUUGUGAGAUGUAAGCAUUUUGCUCCCACAGAUGUCAGAAUUGAGUUUGUGGAUUUUUUUUUUUAAUUUUAAAACUAGAUUGGAGAGUGCUGUUAGACCAAGUACUGUUUUAACUGUUGACAAUAUAGAUUACAUACAUGAAAGUGUCCAAGAUAAAUAGGGAUCAUGUUAGCUUAUUUUCUUCUAAAGCCCUUAUUCAUUCAUUGUCUGUCUUCAUUGUCUGAGUUUACUUGAACUCGUAUCCAAAUGGUGCCAUGGCAUUAUGUAAUUGUACUGAGCCAUAGGUAUGGAAACAUACAGUGGUGAUGGGAGGAAACUGUUCAUGAGGUCCUAAUAUCUUUUUAUUUUUUCAUUUUUUUGUAGGAAUUCUGUAGGUGAUUAUGGUUAAUUAAAUAUAAUUGAAUAUUUAAUUGCAGGUUAUUGGCAAUUAACUUUCUGAAUAAUUUUGAGUUUAUCAGUGUGCCACAGGCUUAAUUCACCAAGAGUGUGUUUUUACUGUUGUAGUGCCACACCCCCACCACAGAUUAUGCCUUUAUUUUUUUCCAUUAUCCUAGUGAUGUGCAGUGCUGUGUUCUUUCAGUUGACUUCUACAAGUUGUAAUCUUAAUAUGCCGUGUAUUAUCCAAGAGAAAAGAAUGCAUGCAGUAGUACUGUAUUCAUAGUAAGGGUCACUGCUGCAGGAAUCUGUGAUGUGAUGGGGAUAAGCUGGAGUCAGAUAUCCCUCCUCCAGCUGGACAUCCUUAAUGGUAUGUAGCUGCAGUCUCAGGCCGUGUGUAUGGGAAGUGAAACUCUGUUGUAAUCAGGAAGCAGUUUCAUAUACUACUUUAUUUUUGCUGCUGAAAAGUACAGUUUAUUCAUUAGCUUUGAAUAAUUGUUUUGGUCGCUUUCCCAUGUCAAGAUUUCAGAUCAUUUUUUUACACCCCCUGAGAAAGUUGACAAGCUUUGUUCUGGUGGCCAUCAGAUAUUUGAAGUGUUUGACUGGGAAGAAAGAUGAUACUACUAAUUGUGACCAUUGCCAGAAGUCUGCAAGUGUUUCUUAAACAUAUAAGGAUUCUUUCUGUAAGUGCAGUUGCUGCUACUACUACUCUCUCCUGCUGGUUCUGAAUCUCUCAGACAGGUGAUUGUAACCAAGAGGUCAAGGAUAGCAGCUCAUUUUCCUGCAGCUGGUGUGCAAAACAGUUCCUCACUGUGCAAGAAGGUAUCUAGUCAAUGUUUUCUGGUGCUCUUGUCCACCUCACUUGGUUGUAUAGGGCAAAACAGUAGUUAAACAGGCUGUUUCGGUGAUUUAAAUAGCAGUUAGUGUUAACUGAGGGUCAGGCUUUUGUGAUUUGAAAAGCAACCUUCAUCCAUUCUGAACUGUCAGGGUUUGACAUCUAGGCUACAGCAAACCCUUCCUCUGUCUCUCUCUAAAUCUUCAGAUGCUGUACUUCAACUAUGUUUCCUAUUAAUGUGUUUUAGAUGUCAGUGAACCAGAUGUUAAAGAAGCACUCACCAUUAAAAGCCUGGAUUUUUUUAUUGGGAACAGAUGUAUAAUAACCAAUAAAAACACUAGAAGACCCAAACGAAAUCGAAUUUCUCAAAGUCAGGAGCCUGGCUUGUGGAGAGUUGUGUUUUUUUGUGUAAUAAAGUCUUCUUGUCUGCUUUGGA